AUGACAGACCAGGAAGGUUCGAUUAGGCGCAGGAGACAAUUGGAAAGGUAUGCUGAUGAUACUGAUGAUCGUGGUUGGACUCUCCUCCAUAUUUUUGCUAGGAAAGGAGAUCUCAAGGAGGUGAAACGACUUCUUGAUGAAGGAAUGGAUCCAAAUGUUGUUGCAUGGGGGCCAAAAUCACAUGGUAUUACGCCUCUACAUCUGGCGGCUAAGGGUGGUCAUCUUAAAGUUAUGGACAAAUUGCUCGAGCGUGGUGCCGAUAUUGAUGCACGCACUAAGGGUGCUUGUGGCUGGACCCCACUUCACAAUGCAGCCAAAGAGAGGAAGAAGAAAGCCAUAAAAUUCCUGGUUGAAAAUGGGGCUUUUUUGCCGGAUAACAUCGAGGAUACAAGGUUCAAUCCACCGCUGCACUAUUGCCCUGGCCUUGAAUGGGCUUAUGAGGAGAUGAGACGCAUCCAACAGUACAAUUCAUCAUCCGGUGAAACCUCUUCUGGUAGCUCUGAAAGCUGA